AUGUCCGAUCCAUUCCACGAGCUGCGCACCGCGCGCAAGGGAGGAGUCCAACCCCUUCAUCGGCAAACCACCUCGCUCCAGAUCCCUGAUCGUUUUAACGAGCUGCGUACUGGGCACCCUGCCGCCAACCCCCGAUGCUCGUUUCUCUGGGACCGGCAUGACAAAGAAGACGGUGCGCUGGGCCGACCCGCUCGAACAACCGACCCGGAGAAGAUAGCAUGCGAGGGAAAGAGCAGGGAUUCCAAGACACCGAAGGAAGAUGAGGAGAAAGCCACGGAGGAAAAGCAUAAGCCUCGUGGAUCGCGUGUAAACAAGGCUUUGAGCAUUCUGCGACUCAAGCGCAGCAGUUCAGAGCCUCCAGCAUCCAAGUCCCCCUGCUUGAGCCGUCGCCCAACGCCGAUCUUCACCGCCAGGGUUAACUUGACGACACAAGGUGCAACCUCAGUCAAAGCCAUUGAUUCUUCCCUUGUCAUGGCGACAACAGAAAGCCAGUCCCGGAAGUUCUCCUUUGAAGAUCAAACCGAGGUCAUCAGCCUCAGCCCAUAUCACCAUCCUCUCAACCAGCGCUCUCUUCCCCAGGCCACGCCAAAGAAACAGACCCCGUUCAAGCCGACCACUUCCUCCUAUUUGAAGGAAACCCCAAGACGUCGGGUGUCACACGGACAUUCGCCGGCAAUUUUCAUCAAUUAA